GUGGAGAAAGACCGGAUUGCUAAUACGCCGGCCGAGAUUGGGUUCGGGCGAUUGAGAACAGGAUAAUUUAGCAGUGGUUUAUUGCGUGUUUAUUCAGAAAGAGAAGGGCAUUUAUAUCAAGUCAAUAGUCUUAGCAGUCAUCCAAUUGUUCAGACUUCCUGGCGAGAAUCCCGUGGCGAGCAGACAAAGACAAAGCGGUGGCGCCCUAAAGAAUAUCAGUCGAGUCUCGAAGCUUUGAUAACAACCGCUGCUCAUCCGAUCUACACUCCUCCUCCUCUUCCUCUUUUAUCUUCGCUCUUCUUCUUCUUUCUUUUCUUUAUUAUACUACUUAAGAUCGAUUGAGGAUGUUUCGCGCCAGACAAAUCGCGCGGUAUGGCGCUGUUCAGCGGCCGUUCUUGAGUAGAUCUCUUGCGACGUCCUCGUCCUCGUCCACGACCUCGAAAGGUCCUACUGGCGUCGUCCUCCUCAACAUGGGCGGUCCAUCCAAAACCACAGAGGUCUACGACUUCCUCCUCCGCCUCUUCCAGGACGGCGAUCUCAUCCCUCUCGGCCGCUUCCAAGACAAAAUCGCAAAAUUCAUCGCCUGGCGCCGGACCCCGAUGAUUGCGCACCACUACGCCGAAAUCGGCGGCGGCUCGCCAAUCCGGAAAUGGUCCGAGUACCAGGCCGCCGAGAUGUGCAAGCACCUCGACCAGAUUGCGCCCGAGUCCGCGCCGCAUCUGCCCUACGUCGCGUUCCGGUACGCGAACCCGCUCACGGAGGAAACGCUGGCAAAGAUGAUGAGCGACGGGGUUAAGCGUGCGGUCGCGUUCACGCAGUAUCCGCAGUACAGUUGCUCGACGACGGGAUCGUCGCUGAACGAGCUCUGGAAAGUGAGCGAGCGCAUGGACCCUGAUCGGACCAUCUCGUGGAGCGUCAUCGACCGCUGGCCGACUCAUCCCGGUCUGGUCUCGUCGUUUGCGGACUUGAUCAGAGAGCAGUUGAAGACCUACGACGAGAGCGUGAGAGACGACGUCAUGCUCCUAUUCUCUGCCCAUUCGCUGCCGAUGACGGUCGUCAACCGCGGCGAUCCGUAUCCGGCUGAGGUUGCAGCGACAGUCUACGCAGUGAUGACGGAGCUCAAGUUCAAGAAUCCCUACAGACUUGUGUGGCAGAGUCAGGUCGGUCCGCAGCCCUGGCUCGGUGCGCAGACGCAGGAUACGGUCAACAACCUGGUGAAGAAGGGCGAGACAAAUAUGAUCCUGAUCCCAAUCGCUUUCACUAGCGACCACAUUGAGACUCUGCACGAGCUCGAUCUCGAGAUUAUCGGCGAGGCGGGUGUUGAGGGAAUCACCCGUGCUCCGUCGUUGAACGGACAUCCACAGUUUAUCAAGGCGCUCGCGGAUAUCGUUAAGGAUCAUUUGAGCAAGGGGGUGACGGCCAGCAAGCAGUACGAGAUGCUGUGUCCGAUGUGCGAUAAGGAGGUGUGCAAGGGCUCGCGGAAGUUUUUCUUGGAGUAGAUGGCUGAGAUAUAGCUGAAGUUGAAGUUGAGGUUGAGGUUGAUCCGGUCGCGCGUUAUUUGUAAUUGUUUGUACAUAAUAUAAGUCAUCUAUAAUACUUAC